AUGAUAAGAAAUAUGCUAUAUGAAGACCCUUAUUUCGGCCCAAAUGAGUAUUCUAUUUACGGAGAUAGCCCAAAUAGAACCAUACCAUACGAAAUUCAAUGAAUAAGGCCUCAUCAGAUUUUAGGGCCAGCUGCAAGGCUAUUUUCUGACGAAAUGGUCUCCGAUGACAUAAAGCAAGGAUAUUUAGGUAACUGCUGAUUUAUCAGUGAUAUGAUUGCAUUGAUAGAGCACCCUAUGAAAAUAGCCGGCUUAUUUGGCACUGAUGAAUUAGAGCACAGCCAAGGAAAAUAUCACAUAAGGCUUUGCAAAAACGGCGAAAUCAUCAAUGUCGUCAUUGAUGAUUUAAUACCGUGCAUUGCAGGCACAGACACACCAAUUUUUACCAAAAGUAACUGGGUUGAUUUUUGGAUGCUAUUAUUAGAAAAAGCUUAUGCAAAGGUGCAUGGUUCUUAUUUAUCUUUAAAAGGAGGAUUCGCUCAUGAAGCCUUUAUGGACUUGACUGGGCUUCCUUCAUUUAGAUACGAAAUUGACAUAAUUCAAGAAAAAGACGAGGUUGAAGAAUUUUUAUUGAAACUUAUUGACUGAAACAGUAAAAAAUUCCCAAUGGUAGCUUCCACAAGAAGCGGAAUCCAAGAUAAUUCAGGAUUGUCCCCAACUCACUGUUAUACAAUAAUAAGAGUAGUUCAAACAGGCAAUUUUUUGCUUAUAAACUUGAGAAAUCCAUGGGGAAGAGCCAGCUGAACAGGAGAUUUUAAUCCUCGGUCCGACUGCUGAACUCAAGAAAUAAUCGAAAAAGUUAACCAAAAUGGGCGUCUUAACUUAGACGAUGGGAGUUUCUGGAUGAAAUAUGAAGAUUUUUUGAUAUAUUUUAACGUCCUUUAUCUAUGCAAUAUCGAGCUUGAAAUAGAAAAACGUGAAAGAAACAUUUUUAAAAAAAUUGAAGGAAUCGGCUCACAAGCUUUAUGAUGCUAUAUGAUCACUGUAAGAGAAAACGACACAGAAAUUGUCCUUGGGAUUCACCAAGAAGAUGAAAGAAGUGUAGGAGUAAAAAAAUAUAGGAAAUAUUUAGACUUAGGAAUAGUAGUAAUGAGCUAUGAUGGCAAUGUCUAUAUGCCUUACCGCUGCUCAGAAAAAAUGCUGACUGAUAGAGAUCUACAAAUGGAGCUCUCUUUACCUCAAGGAAAAUAUUUAAUUACACCUAUAAGCUCUGGGACAGCUUUUACGAGGCCUAGUGAUUCUGAAAAACAAGUAUUUCCUUUGAUUACUGAAGAAGGAAGUAUGCAUCCUUUAUUUCAAAGCACAAUAAAAGAUAUUUUCCGAAGGACUGAUAUACAUAUGAACCAAGCUGUAAAUUACCAAGAAUUCAUGACUAUGUACUCUAGAAUUGAACCAGACCUUACUGAGGAUGAAUUUACUAGCAUUCUCUGCAGGACUUAUGAUAGCAAUAGCAACCGGCUUACCUUAAAUGGCUUCUAUGAAUUUUUUAUGGCCCAGACACUAGAUAAAGGUGAAGAAACAAUAAGAAAUUGCUUAUCAUUACUAGGAUAUGACAGCGAUUUUUAUAGUUUGCAAUCAAGAGCUGUAGUAUUCACAAUGCACUCAAAUAAAUAUGUGGAUUUAGUGACACAUAGCUUAACUGAGCAAAUGAACUUACAAGCAUGAAUGUCGGUGGCUCUGCUAAAAGGAAAAAUUGAUGCGAAUGUUUUAAAUGUAAAAGUUUAUAAAAUAGUAAAAUCAGGAGGAUUCACAAUACUAGCCCAUAAUGAGUCAGCUUCCAUUAUGAGUAUAACUUCAGAUUUCAGCAGGUCUUAUAAUUUGAUUUUUUCUUCAGGGUCAGCUAUUUGUGAAAACGUACUCGAUGCAGGGUCUUGGCAAAUAAUCCAACAUUUAGUUUGCAGGGAUUUAAAAUCAGAAUACCAGAUAUCUUAUUAUGUAAACGUUAGAAGCAUUUCUUAA